UGUUAUUUUCGUAUAUCCGGAUAGAGCCCUAAAAUCCGGGAAUAUGCCCCGAAUGGAGGAAGCGAUGGAGCAGGACGACGAGGAGGAAUGGCGCGACGAGGACGAGGCGUCGUCGGCGGUCGAGACAGGUUGUUGCUCAUCCCAAUCCAUCCCAUUGUUCGCUCUCUCGCUGCUCCAAUCCUUCCCGGCGCCGUCGCACGACUCGCUCUUCUCGAUCCCUGCCGCUGCCGCUACCGCUCCCGGCCUGGGGAUCGAUCCGGAAGCUCCCGCCGGGGUUUGCAGCUCGUCGGCGCAGGGCGCGUCGAUCGCCGUGCCGCGGUCCUUGAUCCCGGUGGAACCCUGCGCCAAGAACGAGGAGAAUGACAAGAGCAAGGGCAACGCCGCGCACAACAGCAGCAGCGAGCAGCCGGGCAGCAAGAAGAGCCGCUCCAAGAACUGGACGCGAUUGGAGAUGCUCAAGCUCAUCGGGCUCCGCGCGGAUUACGAGGCGCGCUUCUGCGGCGGCGGCAAGAAGAUGGAGCUGUGGGACGAGAUCGCCGAGGCCUUGAAUCGCGAGGGGAUCUCCAGGGACGGGCAGCAGUGUAGGGACAAGUGGGAGAAGCUGGGCGCUACCUACAAGGAGGUCAGGGAUGGGAACAAGCCCAAGGAGGACUUCUUGCUCUACGAUGUUCUCCACCCGGUCUUGUCCGGGAGAAUGGCGGGGCCGAGGAAUUCCAAUGCCGGCAGGAUGGAUGAGGAUCAUCGCCACCAACACCAGCAGCAGUUAGAUCACCCUCAAGAACAGGGAUUUGCAAACCACCAGCAGCGCGAGGACGCUCUCAACGUUGACGAGGACGAGGUGCUGGAUGGAUCGGGAGGAAAUGUUGGUGCGAGCUCCCAAGGUGGUGGCGGGUCUGGGCGAGCGAGGAAGAAACGCAAGUUGCCCAAGUACGUCCCUGUCGCCGAUGUUGCGGUGGUCCAGAGCUUGGUGGAAGCGGUGGUGGCGAAGCAGCAGAGGUUCUUCCGGGAGCUCCUGGAUUCCAUGGAGCGGCGGGAGCAAAUGCGAGAGCAAAUACGGCAGGAGCGCGAGGAGCAGUGGAGAUCCGAGGACCGAGCUCAGAGGGCUGCGUUCAACAACGCGAUGAUCUUCCUCACUCAAAAGCUGGUUGGCAACAACGACAGUGCUGGUCUCUUCGCCGCCGCCGGGCAGUUCCAGCAACUUAACAACGGGCUCUCGAAUUCCCAGCCAAAGCCGGAAGGAUUCGCGGGUGGCGGAGCGAAAAAGCGGAGCAAGAACUGGAAGCGGGCCGAGGUCCUCCAGCUGAUAAAGCUCCGGGGCGACAUGGAAGCGCAGUUCUCGAGUGGGACGAGGCGAGCAGCGGUGUGGGAGGAGCUUUCGGAGGUUCUCAUGGCUCAGGGGAUCCCCAGGGACGGCAAACAAUGCAGGGAGAAGUGGGACAAGCUGACCGCUGCGUACAAGGACGUGAGCGACGGCGUCAAGGAGCCAGCGGACAUGCCAUACUUCACGGAGCUUUCGGCUGCUCUCAAGAAGCCAGCCGCGCUAGAAGUCCCUCCGAUGGUGGCAGCAGUAACAGAGUUAUGAGCAACGAAGUCUGUGUGUUGCUUCGGAGGAAGAAGCAGCAAAUGAUCAAUUUAUGGUCUACUUGUUGACUCCUCAAGAGUUGUGAGAUUUGGGAGUUCA